AUGAAUUCUACAAAGAAUAAAGGUGGAAGGAACAUUAAAGGAUUAAAAUGGAAAGAGGUGGACUUGUCUAAUGACCUAAUAUCUGAAUUUUCUAAAUAUGGAGUAAGUAUGAUCGAAGAAAUUUCAGACCCAACGAAGAUUUCUUUUUACGAGUUAGGAAAAGAUAAUACUUCGCAGUUAAAUACCAAUUUUAAUCAAGCAAAGAUAUCGACUGAAAAGGGUUUUAAAAACAAAAAAUCUAAAAGGAGAGCCAAUAAGGACGGUGAUAAGGAUGAAAUUGAGCCUUUAAAUGCCAUGAAAAAAAAACAAAAAAAAGUUGAUAAGGCAUUAAUUAAAAAUAAGAUUGUUAGUGAUGAAGCUGAGAAAGUGAAAUCUAAACAGAAUGAACCAAUUCUUGAUCCAGAGGAAUAUUGGGAAGAAUACUAUGAUUUGAAAGAAAGACUGUCAAACUGGACAAAUAUUAUUGAGAACUCCACUCAAAAGUUAAAUAAAAAGUCAUCUUUUGAAGAAAUGGAAGAAUUAAAGUCUCCAGAUUUAGUUAUACACCCAAGCAUUUUAAAGGGAUUAUUUGAGUUGGAAUUUUUCAACCCAACUCCAAUACAAGCUGCAUGUUUGGUACCUGCAAUCAGAGAUAGAAAAGAUAUUGUUGGAGCAGCAGAGACAGGCUCUGGAAAAACUUUAGCAUAUGGAAUUCCAAUUAUUGCUAACAUAAUGUUUGCAAUUCAGAGAAGAAAAGAAAAGUUAGAGCAAAGAUCUUUCAAAGAAGACAGUGAUGAAUUCAAAGAAUUUGGCGACAAAGAAGAUCUAGAGGAUGAUGAAGCCUUUAAAGAACUUGAAAGAAUGGGGUUUCAAAUGGCAAGUAUUAAAAAGAUUGGCAAUCAAGGUUCAAAUAAUAAUACUUAUAGAUCUGAUGAAUCCCUUCAAGCUCUCGUUAUACUUCCAAGCAGAGAGCUUGCUAUUCAGGUAAGGGACCAUCUUAGAUCUAUGGGAAAAUAUACAGGGCUUGGUAUACAUGCUUUUGUUGGAGGUCUUUCUUUAGAGAAGCAAGAAAGGUUAAUUGCAAAGAAGAGAGUACAAAUUGCUGUUGGAACUCCUGGAAGACUUUCAGCUCUGAUAUUUGGUGAAACUGAAAAUGAAUCAAUAUUUGGAGAUGAAAGAGAGACUUUUAGAAAGCAGGUUACUACAACAUUAUCAAUAAAUGAACUCAGAUUUUUGGUAUUGGAUGAAGCUGACAGACUAAUAGAACAAGGGCAUUAUAGAGAAUUAAAGCAAAUUCUUCAGCUUAUUUAUUCUGAAAAUAAAGGAAAUCAUACUCACAAAAAAAUUCAAACUUACUUAUUCUCAGCUACUUUGACCCUACCAAAUCACUUACAUCCAAAAUUUUCCAAGCUUGUUACAAGAAAUACAGGCAAAAAAUCAAAAGGCAAAAAAGAUGUGCAAGAUAACAAUGUUACAUCAAUUAUGCCAGAAAAUUCCAAUAAAGCAAUGCAAAGCAUCAUGCAGUAUGUAAAGCUCAGGGAAAACCAGGUAUUUAUAGUAGAUUUAUCCAGAUUUAAAACUAACUCUUCACCUGAUGAAAACGGAGAACAGACUCAAUCUGGAAACCAUACAAGCGGAAUUAUAAAGCUUCCCAAAGGACUAACAAUCUCGAUGAUUAAAUGUGAAAGUGAUGAAAUUGAAAUGAGAUUGAUCUUAUACUUACUCAAAUACUUUGCUCCAGUUUGGGAUACUAAAACUGGUAACCAAUUGUGUUCUCUCUGUCCAAGCUCUAUUGAAAAUGGGAAAAUACUGGUUUUCGUAAACUCCAUAUCAUAUGUCUAUAGACUAACUCCUUUACUAUCUUUGGCCCUUGUCUGCAAAGAUACUCAUGAAAAGGAGCUUCCUGGUUCAAAAAAAAGAAAAAAAUGUAGUAAGGCUUGCCAGGAAAGAUCACUUAAAAUCAUUGGAAUUCAUGGUAAUCUCUCGCAAAAGCAAAGGAUUCAAGCUAUCGAGUCAUUCAAAGCUUCUAAAUCGGCUAUCCUUAUAUGUACCGAUGUUCUAGCAAGAGGCCUUGAUAUUCCAGAAGUAGAUGUUGUUGUUCACCUCCAAGCUCCAAGAAACAUUUCUCUAAUGAUUCACAGAAGUGGAAGAACUGCUAGAGCUUCCAAACAAGGAGAAUGUGUUCUUUUCUGUACUCCAAAAGAUGUUCCUACCUAUUCUAAGCAUUUUAAGGCAAUCUCCUUGACUUUUGAGUCUGUUGGAAUCCCAAAAGAGCUUGAAGGCUUGGUCUCUUCGCAAGUAUCACAUGUUCAACAACGUUUGGAACUUGCAAAUGAAAUUGAAGGGCUCGGGCACUCUAUUCUUAGAAAGAAGAGAAACAACAACUGGAUGCUGAAUAAAGCAAAUGAGGCAGAUUUAGAGCUUUCAGACCAGGAGGAAUUCUCUUUCUCACCUGACCAAAUGAAAGAAAUCCAAAAUUUAAAUUCAAAGAGAAAAUAUUUCUUAAAUUUUGUUAGAAACUUUCAAAAUUACUAG